UUUUACUCUUUCUCUCUACCACCUGGAAAGAGGAAACUCAACUCCUUGCCCUGUAAGAAAAAGGAAAUCCCGGAAAGCAAGAAACCCAGAUCUCGAGGAAAUGGCACUGGAGUGGGUGGUGCUGGGCUACGCCGCGGGGGCGGAGGCGAUCAUGGUGUUGUUGCUGACUAUUCCAGGGCUGGACGGGCUGAGGAAGGGCCUGACCGCCGUGACUAGGAACCUGCUGAAGCCGUUCCUCUCGAUUGUGCCCUUCUGUCUCUUUCUUCUCAUGGACAUCUACUGGAAGUACGAGACGCGCCCCAGCUGCGAGUCCCCGGAGUCGUGCACGCCCUCCGAGCACCUCCGCCACCAGAAAUCCAUCAUCAAGAGCCAGCGCAACGCCCUCCUUAUCGCCGCCGCCCUCGUCUUCUACUGGCUCCUCUACUCCGUCACCGCUCUCGUCGUCAGGAUCGACCAGCUCAACCAGCGCCUCAAGGCCCGCCGGGACUGAUGCCUUUGGAGAUGAGUUAAUCGGUCCGUGUUUUUUUUAAUUCAAUUUUAUUACGAGUUUUAUAUGAAACUGGAUUAUGUUCUCUAGGAUGAUCGUUGUUGUUUUAAUGGUAUAUGGAAUUUGAGGAUUAUUGGGUCAGUGGUAAUCUAAUGGUGGUUGUUGUUUU